GCCCUGACUUCCCCUUCCCCUGCGCCCCGCGACCUUCGCUCUGGUGGGGGCCUUGGGAUAGUCAGGUUCCCCCGGCUUAUCUCGGUUGCGGAGGACAGCUCCUAAGAGGCCCCCGCGGGCCCUCGCGUGGGACUGGGGCCUCCCGAGCCGCGUUGGGGGGGCCAGUCCCGGCCUGGGUCCCAGCUGUCAGCCUCCUCAAAGAGCCGCACUGGAGGAACCGGACUCGCCUAGCGCGGGCUCCAGCCGUUGGGACAUCCAGCUGUCAGCUUUUCCACUUGGAUCUCUGUCUCCUCAUUUCUCCAGUCUCCUCAGACAGAAGCCCUCGGGGUAUGUAACAGCCAUGCCUGUGGACACGUUGACUCCGGGAGCCCGGGACACCCCCGCCCUACCUUUCCGCUUACGGACCAAGGUCCCCGGCUACCUGCUACGGCGACCAGCAGAUGGUGGAGCCCGGAAACCUAGUGCUGUAGAGCGCCUAGAGGCCGACAAGGCCAAAUACGUCAAGAGCCUGCAUGUGGCCAGUACCCGCCAGGAACCUGUGCAGCCCCUGCUGUGCAAACAGCCACUCUUCAGCCCGGGAACUCGCCGCACGGUGCUCACGCCUAGCCGUCGAGCCCUGCCUGGCCCAGGCCGCCGGCCCCAGCUGGACCUGGACAUCCUUAGCAGCCUAAUCAACUUGUGUGAUAGUCCUGUGUCCCCUGUUGAAGCCGGCCGUACCCCCGGCCGGGCAGAGGGGGCCCUCCAGCCUCCCCCAGCCACACCGCCACGCCCACCACCCAAUAUUGCUGCAGUCCGCAGAGUGGAUGUCCUUCCCCUGGCGGCGUCACCUGCCCAGCCCUGCCCAUCACCAGGCACUGCCUCCGCCCCUAGCCCGGCCCGGCCCCCAGGCCUGCAGCGUUCCAAGUCGGACCUGAGUGAGCGCUUCUCACGGGCAGCAGCGGACCUGGAGCGAUUUUUUAACUUCUGCGGCCUGGACCCGGAGGAGGCACAGGGUUUGGGUGUGGCCCACCUAGCGCGGGCCAGCUCAGACAUCGUGUCCCUGGCUGGGCCCAGUGCUGGGCCGGCCAGCUCCGAAGGGGGCUGCUCCCGCCGCAGCUCUGCCACCAUCGAGGACCGGGCUCGGGAGCGCGUCCCCUACGGCGUGUCAGUGAUAGAGCGCAACGCCCGCGUGAUCAAAUGGCUGUAUGGGUUGCGGCAAGCACGGGAGACUCCAGCAGCCGAGGGCUAGGCCUCCAUUGGACUCGACAUUGGCCAGAGAACAGAUCUCAGGCAGUUGGCCCCUUGACCUCUCCUGCCUCCAUUCCCUCCUUGGGGCAGACCAGAGGCUGCUGCCCUGUGUGAACUUGCUGUAGAGCCAAAGGCUCAGAGGCUGGACCAGCAUCCAUCUGGCAAGGACCGACCUGGAGGGAGUUGGCUCUUGACCUUGGAGCACCGCCUACCCCUCGCAUGUAGGGUUUUGACAUGAAUGUACCCCUGCUUGUAGAUUUGGAUUUGGGGCACUUAGCCCUUUCUGCUGAGAGUGAGGGGCCAAGGGAUCUCACCAGAGCUGGCUACCCAGCAGCUCUGUUUCUUUUUUUGUUCCUUGGCCUCUGACCUUUACUGACUUCCUCUUUCUUACCCAGUGGGCCUUGGUUCCCUGGGAACUCACCCUGGGGUGGGGGCAGGGAGGAGUGACCUAUACACGUUCUUCAAGGGCCAUGGCAACCUGGGCCUAGGUGGGUAGACUACAGAAAGGACUGGUAGGAGUCUGCAGUGCUCUGACUUCCGUCCUUUUGGUUAAUAAACACAAAUGCUUGUUUUUCAA